AUGUCAGAACCUACAUUAGAUAUCAAUGUUUAUACACAACAAACAAUUCCAUCAGCAUUGGCAGAGUUAAUGGACAAUCACUCAAAGAUGCAACAAAUCUCUGCAUACUGUAAACAAUCCUAUGUACCUGGAUCGGCAGAGGCAACACAAAUCUAUGAUCAAACACAAAGCUAUGCAAAGAAUGCACUAUUGAAUGUUGCCUAUCACAUUCAAACUAUUGGUACACAUCUUACAACACUUACACAACUACAACUCAACGAGGUCGAUAAACUCGAUCUUCAAAUCAAGUAUCUUUCCCAACGUAUUGACAUGAUACACGACGCAUCGGGUACAAAUGUAUUCCGUGGUAACGAUAGUGCUCGUCCCUACAAAUCAACGCUCAAGGAUAGAAAGGUAGAUGCCGAUUCAACUCGUGCUCCUCAAAAGUUUGUUCGUAAACAAGUUCACUAUGGUAUCUCUGCACCAACAACAACAACGGCCACUCUUCAACACCAACAAUCCAAUGGAUCACUUUCAGAUUCACAAGGUCUCCCACCUCCACCACCACCAUCUUCAACCAAUUCAUCAAAUCACUCAUCUCAACCAUCGACUCCAUCCGUGUCAUCACCUUCAUACACUAGUACACCACCACCAGUGUCUGCCAAGCCUCGUCCACAACAACCACCACCACCAGCAGCACAACCACCUUCCCUCAACAUGCCUCCAUCUAUUCCAACUCGUCCACCCUCUAUCCAACAAUCGUCUGAUUUCCCACCACCACCUCCACCAUCAUUUGAUCUUCCACCACCACCUCCAUCAUCCUAUGACUUCCCACCACCUCCACCAUCAUUUAAUCUCCCACCUCCACCAGCAUUUGAUCUUCCACCACCACCUCCACCAAUGUAA